AUCUUGUUUAAGAACUUUACGAAAAAAUUUUGAAAAUUUCCACGUUUAUCAAUUUUGACAUAAAUAUUACUAUGUAGUAGUGCUAAAACUAAACAUUUCAUAUCAUACAUACAUACUAAAUUUAUUAGGAUUUUUUCAUAUAAAAUACUUAAUUUAAUCCUGUGAUGAAUAUAAAAAAUUUCGAAUAUGAUUGCACAAAAAAAUGUAAAAAUAUCAAACAUGGACAGAGCGUAACCACCGCAUUAACGAAAAGAUCAAUUGAGGAAAAUAUUCUUGCAACCUAUAUAAGCAAACUCUGUCAAAACUUUGCUGACAUUCGUGAUUAUUUAGGUAGAACUGGACUACACAUUGGGUCUUCGACAGGCAAAUAUAAGUUAUGUGAAUGGCUUUUGAAUAACGGAGCAUCAAUCAGUAGUAAAGAUAACGAGUCUGGAAGUAGUGCUCUACAUAGAGCAUUGUUCUAUGGAUGCAUUGAUUGUGCUGUUUUACUAAUAAAAUAUGGAUCAAGUCUUGACUUAUUGGAUAAUGAUACAUGCCGACCAUUUCAAAAUAUAUGCAAAAUGAAAGAAAUUGUAGUGAAUGCCCCAAAUUUUAACGAACUUCUUGUGUGGGGCAGUAAUAAGAAUUAUAAUCUAGGUUUUGGUAAAAACGAUUUUGCAAAUAUUCCCCAAUUUAUAGAUGUAUUUCGAAAAGAUAACAUAUCUAUAACUUCAUUUGCACUUAGUCCUUUUCAUGGUAUGUUUCUUGACAAGAAAGGUCAUUUAUAUGCGGUUGGUUCUGGUUCAAAAGGUCGUUUAGGUGUUAACUCAGAGAAUGAUGUGGCUGUGCCAAAGCGAGUGAACAAAAUAAAUAUUAAACAUUCUGAAGAAAAAAUCUCAAAGUUAUCGAUUUCGAGAUAUCAUUCAAUGAUCCUAACAAAUAAAGGAAUUGUGCAUGUUUGUGGUUCCAAUGAAUUUAAACAGUUAGGAAUCAAACCCCCACCGGAGAAAUUAUUAGCAUUCAAGGAAGUUCCAUACUUUCACCAAUGCGCAAUAAAUGAUAUUUUAGGAAUUUCAGCUAAGGAUUUUUAUUCAAUAGCUUAUACAAAAGCUGAAAUAUAUAUUUGGGGAAAGAAUUUAGGACAGUGUUCCAGUAUCGGUCUUGAAGAAAUUUUACUGCCAAAACAGAUUCAAAUCCCGGACUGUAAAGAAAUUGAAUUUGUGGAAGCGUCCAAUUCUGCAUUAGCGAUAUCUACUACAGGAAAACACAUAUUUUUAUAUUACAACUAUAAAAUUAAAGUUAUUAAACCACCCGUUCUAGAAGCUGUGAAAAGCUUGUCUUUAUAUGAUCCUGAAAUACAAAAAACAAAAAACAGAUCUAAAGAAAAAUCUCAACCAAUUUUAAAACUUCUACUGCUUAGUGACACCAAUGUAGUCUACAUUUGGUACGAAGACGUUCAGCAAUUUUUAAGAUGCUCCUUUUCCCCUUUUAAGUUGUCGGUCAUAGAUAAAAUUUUUUUUAAACAUAAUCAGAUUUUUCUUAUGUCUCAGGGAGAUGUGUUUGUUGGAAAAUGUAAUAAAAUACCAAUAUCAAACAUUAUAAAAGAAAGCGAAACAGCAUGGCUCUCAAGUAAUCAAACCAAAAAGGAUAUCAAUGGAGAUUAUAAAAUACGCAUUGAAUUAGCACGUGUCGAUGGCAUAGACAGGGCUGUAGAUAUUUGUUGUGAUGAGAGUUUUGAAUCUUUUGCUGUACUACAAGAACACUCUAGGAAAUAUUUUGUUUUGCCAAAACUACAUUCUGAAGAAUACAACUUUAAAAAAUUAUUAAAUGAUGUAAGCGAAUUCGAUGCAAUACAUGAUAUAGUGUUUCAUAUUGAUAACGAGGUAUUUUACGCUCACAAGUUGAUAAUUUACUCUCGUUCAAAAGGCUUAAAAGAAAUUAUUAUGCAACAAAAUAGUAAAAAUAUUUAUUUAAAUUAUAAGAACUUCACGUCAAAGAUGUUUGAAAUGAUUCUUAAACAUAUUUAUUGCCACUAUUUUUUAACACUAGAUGACAUGGAUGAUAUCAACAACAGUUUUUUAACAAAUUUCAAUGAAAAAGAGUCUCAAGCAUUAGAUAUUUUAAUAGAAGUAGCAGAGAAAUUUACUUUAACGGAUUUUGUCUUGCAUAUCAAAAGUAUAUUGGAUUUGAACUCGGACAUAAAAGCAUUUGACAAAACAAAAACUAGAUUUACCCGCAUAAAAAGAUUAAAUUUUCCAGAGUUGUAUGAUGUAAAAAUUAAGUGCGCCAACAAUCAAGAACUGUUAGCUCAUAAAUGUGUAUUAGUUACUCGGUUGGAAUAUUUCAAUAUGAUGUUUACAAACAGUUGGUGUGAAACAACUGCCAUUAGUUUAACGACGAUACCAAUUGAGUAUAUGCAACCAAUAUUAGACUUUCUUUACACAAAUGACAUUGAAAACUUUAGGAAACAAAAUUAUAACGAAAAUUUCUUAUACAAUAUGAUAGUAAUAUGUGACCAAUUUUUUAUAAAUCGUUUGCGUAAACUUUGUGAAACAUUAGUUUUAGAAAAAAUUUCUAUCCGAAGAUGUGGUGAAAUGUUGGAAUUUGCAGUCGCUUAUAACUGUGAAAUUUUAAAACGUGGCUGUAUGGAUUUUAUAUGCCAAAAUUUGAGUCGCGUAUUGUUUCAAAGAAGUUUAGAAAUGUGUGAGCCGCAAACAUUAAAAUAUUUAAACAUGCAUUAUCGACAAGUUUUCCAAAAUAUAUUUGAUUUUCGAGUAAUUACCCCUGACAGUGAAGCUAUUAGUGACGAAGAUCUACUGAAAUUUGUAGGUGACUCAAUUGUUGAUUUGGACUAUAAAUUAAAAGAUGAUAUGACAUCUUUAAAAAAUGUUAAAAAAGGAAAGUCUAAAGAAGAAAAAUUUAAAAGCGAUCGAAGGAAUUAUGAAAAAGAUGCAAUAUUAAGUAAAUUGAAAGAAUUAAAUAUGGAAAAUGAGAAAGAUAUGUUAGAUAAAGAAAAACAAUUGGAUCAAAAAGAAAUAAAUCACGUUUUAAAAGAAGCUAAUGAAAUUAAUGAGAAAUUGAUUGCAGAUUCAAGUUCAUGGACGAAAAUAAACAAAAAAGAAGAAACAAGAAAAAAGUCAAUCGGUGGAAAUAUCAAAGCAAAUAAUAUUCUCAAAGAAGAGAAAAAACAAAAAGAAAAUUUUGUUAAUUUAAAUAAAAUUAUAAGUUCUCCUCCAAAUACAAUUACUCGUAAAAACAGCGAAAUUAAAUCAGAAAUUGAAAAUAUUGAAACUAAAGAAUAUACAACGCACCACAGUUUAAAUUUCGGUGAUUUCACACCAUAUAAGAACAGCAAAAUGUCCCAAAAACAAAGAAAACGCUUAUCAAGUGAAACAUCUUUAAAAAGUUUUGAUAGUUUUGCUGCAGAAUUAAGAUCUUCCACCAAACCUAUCGACAUCCCAGUUGAAAAAGCAAGUGUUUGGGGAAACGUAACAACACCACCUAGUAAUUUAGAUCAUUCUUCGUCUUUUUCAGACAUUAUUCGAUCAACUCCUGAUAAAAUUAGACCGAAGUCUUUAGAAUUUUGUGAAACUAAUGCUCAGUCGGAAAACUUAUCUUUUAAAUUUGAUAUCGAUAUUUUAAAUAAUAAUAGUUUUAAAAAAUCGACUGGAGCGACUCCAAAGCAAAAUUCGAUUAUGUGUUCAUCAAAGCUCAAUCAAAUUCUUGAAGAAGAAAAGCGUCAAAAAGAAUACUUAGAACAUGUGCGAAGUAAAUCGCUAGUACUAACGCAAAUUGAAGAGAAAGCAAUAGCAGAAUUGGGAAAAUUUUAUAACGUCGAUAAUUGUGAAGACGAAAUCAUUACAAUAUCUCGUAGACCAGUUCAUAUUAAUUUCAAUUUGCCGACCUGGCAAAAGAACUAAAUAUGGAAAAUAAAAAUUUCAGUGUUUGCUUACAAUUUUACAGCUGGUAUGAUACAUUAAAAUAAGACAAAAAGUAUAAGAAAGUUGUAAAUUUGCAAUACAAAAAUGUAUUUGUAUGUAUAUGUAUGUGGAUUCAUUUUUGGUAAUUAACCAAAUUUUGAUUUAUUAUAAGUUUGCAGGUAUAUACUGUAUAAAGUAUAUGUACUAUACAAUUACUGUGUUUGAAUCAUACUUUAUUUUGUUCUAAUAAUUUAAUCUUGUUAAGAUACACUGUGGCAAUUUUAUAACAGGUUUUGAUGUCAGAAAUAAGAUAACUUAAGAAAUAGUAAGUACUACAUUUUAAUUUAUUUAAUUACAAUUUCAUCGGCUUUUAGAGUAAUUCUUCAAUUUAAGAUUGUAUUAUUUUUUAUGAUACAUCAUCCUCAGCUAUACAGAACUAAUAUGUUCCGAAAAUCUUGUCCGUAAAUCGCAUCUUUUUACUUACAUGACGUUACAACCACAUACAUACAUAUAUUUUUACCUAAACUUAUAUAAGUACAUAUAUUUCUCUUAUUA